GCCCGCAGCCUGGGGCCCUCCUCGCCGCGCACGGUGCGCACGGCCCGGGCUGGCCCAGCGGACCCCGUGGGGCUCAGCGCGCCACCAGCAGCCGAGGAGGGAGGGCGGCGUGGGAGAAGGACAUCGAGACGUUGGGGCGGUCGCACGGAGGUGACCAGCUGCGCACCUGGAAAGUUACCCGGCUGGCUGGUCCCUGAGCAACAUGGGAAAUGGUUCCGUGAAACCCAAACACUCCAAACAUCCUGAUGGCCACUGUGGGAGCCUCAGCACGGAGGCUCUGAGGAACAAGGUGGUAGAGCUGGAGAGAGAGCUGAGGAGGAAGGAUGCUGAGAUUCAGGAGAGGGAGUACCAUUUGAAGGAGCUUCGGGAGCAGCUGUCAAAGCAGACAGUGGCCAUCGCUGAGCUCACCGAGGAGCUGCAGAACAAGUGCAUCCAGCUGAACAAGCUACAGGAUGUGGUCCAUAUGCAAGGAGGGAGUCCAGUGCAGGCCUCUCCUGAUAAAGUGCCUCUGGAAAUCCACCGCAAGACCUCAGGAUUGGUCUCUCUCCACAGCAGGAGAGGUGCAAAGGCUGGAGUGUCUGCUGAACCGACCACCCGAACCUAUGACCUCAACAAACCCCCAGAGUUUUCCUUUGAGAAAGCAAGAGUCAGAAAGGACUCCAGUGAGAAGAAACUCAUCACAGAUGCCCUAAAUAAAAACCAGUUUCUGAAGCGACUGGACCCUCAGCAGAUCAAAGACAUGGUGGAAUGUAUGUAUGGGAGAAACUACCAACAAGGCAGUUACAUUAUUAAGCAAGGAGAACCAGGAAAUCAUAUCUUUGUGCUGGCAGAGGGCCGAUUAGAGGUGUUCCAAGGAGAGAAGUUGUUAUCAUCCAUCCCUAUGUGGACAACAUUUGGGGAACUCGCCAUUUUGUACAACUGUACAAGAACAGCCUCUGUGAAAGCCAUUACCAAUGUUAAAACGUGGGCACUUGACCGAGAGGUUUUCCAGAAUAUAAUGAGAAGAACAGCCCAAGCUAGGGAUGAGCAGUACAGAAACUUCCUCAGAAGUGUAUCCUUGCUGAAAAAUUUACCUGAAGAUAAACUAACCAAGAUCAUUGACUGCUUAGAAGUGGAAUACUAUGACAAAGGAGAUUAUAUCAUUCGGGAAGGAGAAGAAGGAAGCACUUUUUUCAUUUUGGCAAAAGGAAAGGUAAAAGUCACACAGAGUACCGAGGGCCACGAUCAACCACAGCUGAUAAAAACCCUGCAGAAAGGAGAGUACUUUGGAGAAAAAGCUCUCAUCAGUGACGAUGUCAGAUCAGCUAACAUUAUUGCUGAAGAAAAUGAUGUCGCGUGCCUGGUUAUAGAUCGAGAAACAUUCAACCAAACUGUUGGGACAUUUGAAGAACUCCAAAAAUACCUCGAAGGGUAUGUGGCCACCCUGAACCGAGAUGACGAAAAGAGACAUGCAAAGAGAUCCAUGUCUAACUGGAAGCUGUCCAAAGCACUCUCUCUGGAGAUGAUUCAGCUCAAGGAGAAGGUUAAAGUAAAAAAUGAGAAUGUUGCUUUUGCUAUGAAAUGUAUACGGAAGAAACACAUUGUGGACACAAAACAGCAAGAGCACAUCUACUCGGAGAAGAGGAUCCUGGAGGAGCUGUGUUCUCCAUUCAUUGUAAAAUUAUACCGUACUUUCAAGGACAAUAAAUAUGUGUACAUGCUUCUGGAAGCCUGCUUGGGUGGAGAGCUAUGGAGUCUAUUAAGGGACAGAGGCAGCUUUGAUGAGCCCACCUCCAAAUUCUGUGUCGCUUGUGUGACAGAAGCAUUUGAUUACCUGCAUCGACUAGGUAUUAUCUACAGAGACUUGAAGCCAGAAAACUUAAUUCUAGAUGCCGAGGGUUACCUUAAGUUGGUUGACUUUGGCUUUGCUAAGAAAAUAGGUUCUGGACAGAAAACAUGGACAUUCUGUGGAACUCCAGAGUAUGUAGCUCCUGAGGUCAUUCUCAACAAAGGACAUGACUUCAGUGUCGACUUUUGGUCCCUGGGAAUCCUGGUGUAUGAGCUUCUAACGGGAAACCCACCCUUUUCUGGAAUUGACCAAAUGAUGACCUACAAUUUAAUUCUAAAAGGAAUUGAAAAAAUGGAUUUUCCCAGAAAGAUAACAAGGCGGCCUGAGGAUUUGAUCAGGAGACUUUGCAGGCAAAAUCCAACAGAAAGGCUGGGAAAUCUGAAGAAUGGAAUCAAUGACAUAAAGAAGCACAGGUGGCUAAAUGGGUUCAACUGGGAGGGACUGAAGGCAAGGAACCUUCCAUCACCUUUACGAAGAGAGAUCAGUGGACCCAUAGAUCACAGCUACUUUGACAAGUAUCCGCCUGAAAAGGGAGUACCACCAGAUGAGAUGUCAGGCUGGGAUAAAGACUUCUGACAGAAGACAAGGCGAUUACUGCUGUUAGACCUUAGAAGAGGACUAUAUGGAUCAAUAACCCAACACUGAUUAUUUCUCGCUUCAAAGUAUUAUAUGAACUUUUGGAACACCAUGAAGGACAAGAAAUCUCUGCACAAGAGGUGGAGAAUGGGUGGAUAUAGCUCUGAGUGAUGAAGUCUCAUUUAGAUGCUGUGAAUAUUCAUUAUUACAGUCAGAUGUUAAAGGUUAUUUGCCUCUCUUUUCUACAAUCAAAACCAUUUUUGUU